AUGGGAACUGAUCCAUUAGAUGAUAUUGAUUUAAAUUCUCUCCGAGAUCCAGCUGGUAUUUUUGAAUUAAUAGAAAUUGUUGGUAAUGGUACAUAUGGACAAGUAUUUAAAGGUCGUCAUGUUAAGACAUCACAACUUGCUGCAAUAAAAAUAAUGAAUAUUAAUGAAGAUGAGGAGGAGGAAAUUAAAAUGGAAAUUAAUAUGUUAAAAAAAUACUCUCAUCAUAGGAAUAUUGCAACUUAUUAUGGUGCUUUUAUUAAAAAAUUACCCUCAAGUAAUGGUAAACAUGAUCAAUUAUGGUUAGUUAUGGAAUAUUGUGGUAGUGGUAGUAUUACAGAUCUUAUAAAAUCAACAAAAUCAUGUUCUUUAAGAGAAGAUUGGAUUUCAUAUAUAAGUAGAGAAAUAUUACGGGGACUUCAUCAUUUACAUAAUAAUAAAGUAAUACAUCGUGAUAUUAAAGGACAAAAUGUUUUAUUAACAGAUAAUGCUGAAGUUAAAUUGGUUGAUUUUGGGGUAUCUGCUCAGUUGGAUAGAACUGUUGGUAGGAGAAAUACUUUUAUUGGUACACCAUAUUGGAUGGCUCCAGAGGUUAUUGCUUGUGAUGAAAAUCCUGAAGCAACAUAUGAUUCAAGAUCAGAUUUAUGGUCUUUAGGUAUUACAGCUCUUGAAAUGGCAGAAGGUCAUCCUCCAUUAUGUGAUAUGCAUCCAAUGAGAGCUUUAUUUUUAAUACCAAGAAAUCCAGCACCUAAAUUAAAAAAAGGAAGAAAAUGGAGUAAAAAAUUUGAUUCAUUUAUUGAAAGUGUUUUAGUAAAAGAUUAUCAUCAUAGACCUUUUACAGAAACAUUAUUAAAACAUGCUUUUAUAAAAGAUCAACCAGCAGAACGUCAGGUACGAAAUUCUAUAAAAGAUCAUAUUGAUAGGCAUAGAAAAAUGAAUAAAAAAGAUGAAACAGAAUAUGAGUAUUCAGGUAGUGAAGAUGAAGAAUCAGGACCUGUUAAUGGUAAUCAAUAUAGAGAAGAUCGUCCUAGUAUGAUUCAUAAUCCAGGUGAUGAAACAUUACGAAAAGGUUUUCAAAGAAUUCAAGAAAAUAAUCGUAAUGCAUUUGAAAUACCAGGUCGUCAUCAUCUUGGUGGUCCAUCUUCAAGACAUAAUUAUCCAAAUGGUGGUAUAAGUGGUGGUCCUAUAAUGAAAAAUUCAUCUGGUAAUAAUGGUCAUGGACAAUAUAUUAAUGAUGUUAAGAUGCGCCAACCAUCUAUUCCUGGAUCACAUAAUGGAGUUGGUAGACAAAUGGGUCUUCAACAAUAUGAUCAACGGCAACGUCAACCAAAUAGACCAUUAAGUCACCAUCAAAUGCGUGGUAUUUCACCUCAUUUUCCACCUCAACAAUCACAUCCAGCUGCACCCCAUCUUGCUGAUCUCGCUAAUUAUGAUAGAAAACGAAGAACUGAAAGAGAGGCAUUAAAUCAUCAUAGAUCAGAAAGAGAUAGAAGUGCUUCUUCUAGACAAAGAAAUGGAAUAAUUCCAUUAGAUCCACAUAUAAAUUCAAAAAUGUCACGAGUUGGAAAUGUUAUGGGAAAUAAUGCUAUUCCAUUUAGAAAAUUAAGUGAACCAGUUGGAAGACCAGAAGAUCUUGAUGUACUAGCAUCUGAAUUAAAUAAUAUUGGUUUAUCAGGAAAUAAUGGUAAAACAAUUAUUGGUGCAAAUGGGCAAAUGAAUGGAAAUGGUUCACCUCCACCACCUGCUCCACCAAAAAGAGAUGCUUCUAUUAAUUCAACAAUACCAGUUCAUGAUGAUUCAUCAUCAUUAAAAAGUGAUUUUGACAUGGAUGGUGAAAAUACCUUAAGAGGUCCAAAUAAACCUCUUCCACCAACUCCAAAUGAGGAUGAUUUUGAUGAUAAUGAACCAGGAAAUGAUGGAACAUUAAUGGUAAAUAAAAAGAUUAUUAGAUAUCAGUAUGACAAUGAUUUAUCAUUAAACUAUCAUAUAAAUCAUAUACCAAUUGCUAAAAAAAUUUCCAUAACAACUCAUUAUAAUAAUGAAGGAAGAACAACAUAUGACUCUUCUGAUGAAUCUUUAAGUGGUGAUAAUAACAUUUCUUCUUCACCAGAACAAUCUCCACAAAAUAUUAAUAAAAGACCUCAUAUUCAAUCACAAAUAUCUACAACAUCAAAUCAAAGACAUUCUUCUUAUGGAAUUAAUAAUAUUUCUAGAAUUCCUAAUCAACAAUCAAGUAUAAUAAAUGAUGGAGAUGAAUUUGGAAUUGAAGAAUCACUUCAUCAAGAUAUGGUAAAAAAACAGCAAAGUAUUGAAGAGAAAUCUAGUGAAGGACCAUCAUCAGGACCAUCUUCUGCAAUACAUACACCAUUAUCACAAAGAGAUCGUGAAAAAUCAUUUGUCGGGUAUUUUGGAGGAAACACUAAUUUAAAUCAAUCACCUGUUGUUCAAUCUUCUAUUCUUAAUACAUCUGCUGCUAGAUCUAGUGGUGGAACUAUUAAUAGACCAGGAAGAAAUAAUAGUGAUGCUCAACAAAUAACAAUUAAUCUUAAUCCUAAUUCUUCAAAUGCUAGUGCUGGAACUUCAGCAGAUAAUGAUGCCCCUGAAAUAAGAAAAUAUAAAAAGAAAUUUAGUGGUGAAAUAUUAUGUGCUGCUUUGUGGGGAGUUAAUUUAUUAAUUGGUACUGAUUCUGGAUUAAUGCUUUUAGAUAGAUCAGGACAAGGUAAAGUUUAUCAAUUAAUAAAUAGAAGAAGAUUUGAACAAAUGAGUGUCUUAGAAGGUCAAAAUAUUUUAGUUACAAUAUCAGGAAGAAAAAAAAGAAUUCGUGUAUAUUAUCUUUCUUGGUUAAAACAAAAAAUUCUUCGAACUGAGGGUACAGAGAAACGUAAUGGAUGGGUAAAUGUUGGAGAUUUACAAAAUGCUCUUCAUUUUAAAAUUGUUAGAUAUGAAAAAAUUAAAUUUUUAGUUAUUGGAUUGGAAGAUUCAAUAGAAAUUUAUGCAUGGGCACCAAAACCAUAUCAUCGUUUUAUGGCUUUUAAAAGUUUUGGAGAACUUGGUCAUCAACCAUUAAUUGUAGAUUUGACUAUAGAAGAAAGUGCAAGAUUAAAAGUUUUGUAUGGAUCAAGAGAGGGAUUUCAUGCAAUUGAUCUUGAUUCAACAAAAAUAUCAGAUAUUUAUAUACCACCAAAUAAUAGACAUCAAAUGACACCUCAUUGUAUUGUAAUUUUACCAAAUACAAAUGGUAUGCAAUUACUUCUUUGUUAUGAUAAUGAAGGAGUAUAUGUUAAUACAUUUGGUAAACAGACAAAAAAUGUUAUACUUCAAUGGGGUGAAACUCCCUCUUCUGUUGCUUAUAUAUCUACAGGACAAAUAAUGGGUUGGGGUAAUAAAGCUAUUGAAAUUAGAUCAGUUGAUACAGGUCAUUUAGAUGGAGUAUUUAUGCAUAAAAAGGCUCAAAAACUUAAAUUUUUAUGUGAAAGAAAUGAUAAAGUUUUCUUUUCAUCUGCUAAAGGUGGUGGAGCUUCUCAGAUUUAUUUUAUGACAUUAAAUAAAACUGGAUUAUCAAAUUGGUAA